AUUUUUUUCAGAGUUUUAAAAAAAGCUAUAAAAAUAGUUAUUUAUAAAUAAUAAAACAUCUAAAAAAGCAAUAAUAAAAUGUUGAAGAAAAAAACAAAGAGAACUAUGCGAACAAUAAAAUAACUUAAAUAUCCAUAAAAAAGCCACAAAGAAAAAGGCGUCGUAUGAAUGAACAGAAAAAGAAAAAAAAAAGGUUGACGACGACGACGAGGAGGACAACUUGUAAUAUAAAAAUAAUAGAAAAAAAUCGCCGACGCAUACUAGUGGUGAACACAAAAGAAAUCUUGUAAGCGAAAAAGAUAAAACUUUGCCAAAAGUUUUUGUGCUAGAGAGGACAGCAUGGAAAACUUGGCCAAAUUUCCGGCCUCCUCAGAGGCUAACUGUAAACGAGAUUCAAGGGCUAUGAGUUGUGGUGCAGGUGCUGUAGGUGGUGUUGGGGCGGCUGGUGUUGUCAACACGCCGCCAGUGUCGGCUCACACGUCCACUUGGUUGGCCGCAUUACAUGUUAAUAACAAUAAUAAUUCGGAAAAAUCCUUUAGCGACCACCAGGAACUGCACAAAUGUAAUGUUAAUCCUACAAAUACCCUCAACACCACCACAUCGAACUCUGCGUGGCAGUGUGAUAGCUGUGAUAUCUAUCAAAAGAAUGGUACAUCAUCGAAUGCGUCGUCUACUCUGCCCAGAGUAACCUUAAAUGAGGAGGACGAAGGUGGCGGUAGUACUGGCAAUACAACUGAAAAGCUUCCCUUAUCAUAUAAUGGCUCCGCUUUAGCAUCAGCUGCCCGUGAUAUUGACUCACAAGCCGCUACAUCAGCUACCACAGCUUCCUUUCUACAAACAGAGACUGAUUACGUUGCUUACGAUAUGUGUGGUGCCGUUUCGUUAUCGCCUCCUCUGCUGGAGGAUCAUUUUGCAAUAUCUGCAACUGGUGGAGCCGGUAUUGGGGGUGGCCAUUCGAAUCGUACUUCCCUAAAUAACUCCACCGAAAAUCUUAGCUAUAUAAGUGAUAAUUUUUACGGCGACGAUGAUCUCAUACUGCUCGCGGAAGACAUCGAUGUAGAGGCUGAAGAGCUGUCGCUAAACUCCGAUGAUUGUAUUUAUGCCUAUCGGGGCGAGGGUGCCGAUUUUGAUUUACCGUUGCGCCCUUUGACGGGAGUAGGUGGUAAUUUUGGUUUGCUGCACGGCUGUGCUGCAGUCGAUGAGGAGACUGAUUUCUUGGAAAUGGAUUUUGAGCCGGAUCCUUUGUCCGAAUUGGAAUACAAUCAAGCCCAGAGAAACUGCACGACAGAUGCUAGCGAUCAGUAUCUGUUGCAAAGAGAUGCCUGUCACUUGGUUACGCCCACACAACGGCAUCAAUUGUUUUCAUCGCCCAUAGAUGAUCUGCCGCCCGCACCCAAGGCUUUGCAGGCCCAAUCGUUAUUAACGAAAAACUUUGCACGUAUUACUUUACAUUUAGAUCAAAUACAAAAGGACUACAAUGAAGAUUUGAGUGAUGAGGGUAGAGAACGUUUAAAUUCGGCCUUGGAGUCGCGUCCUCUAGAGGAGGAAUUCGCCAAUGAUGUAUUAACGGCCGAUACCAGUCAUUCGCUGCCAAAUACUUUACACGAACACUUCACCAAUAGAUGUAAUUCGGAAUCGGCCGUGGUCAAUUCAACUAAGGAUUGCACUUUAGCUGCCCCCUUGCAAACACUAGCACACAAAUCACCAUCCAAAAUAACCGGAGCCAAACCUAAACGUUUAUCGACUUUCUCUUCAACUUCAUCUACCUCUUCGAAAAAUUCUUCAAAGUCACGCAACUCUUUGAGAUCAGCUUUUCCAACUACCACUCUGGGCACCAGCUGCAGUUUCGAUGAACGCAGCGUCAGCUGUUCGGAGUUUCGCACAGAACGUGAUUUAUCGGCCAACACAGCCAUUGCCUCAUCUAAGCAGCCUUUGCUGUCCUCUGCUCCCCAUACUGCACCCUCAACAGCGGCUAUUUUAAAUCCAGAAUUUAAUGCUUUUAGCGAUGACACAUGCUUGGAUUGUUUGGAAAAAGAAUUUUUGGCCAACACUAUAGGCAAAGCUUUGGAUCCACAAGGCUGUUUAAAGUGUCGCAAACGUUUGGGACAUCUAUCAUUAUACAAUACCACACGUUCCACGGCCGAACAUUCAAAAUAUCGCAGAAGUGCUUCGCCUACUACUACGUUCUUCUUCAACGAUCAACCUUCUCCAACAUCGAGGCUGUUUUCAUGUGAAUUCUUAAAUUCUCAGGCUCGCAAAAGGCAGGAAUGGGAUUGUUAUGUGCAGGAGAAUAAGGAGAGCGAGGCAAUUGCAGUAACGAAAGCAACAUCGACUGCCGCUGCGGCAACCGCAACAACAGCAACGAAAACACAGCCAACCAAGGUGGUGGUGGAUAUUAAGGAUUUAAACCAAAGUUUAAAGAAUUUAGAAUCAAAGCUAUUGAAAAAUAUCAAGCCUCCUGAUCCUUGUAGCGUUACGGUGCCCACACAAAAUCUAACCGAAACUUGUCUUGUGCAGGCAUUUGACAAACUACAAAUCACCUACAAUCAAGAUCUUUUAAGGAAAUGCUUACAAAAGUUCAAUGCAAAUUAUUACAGCAGUUCCUCAACAAAUAUUUCAAAACCUUUAAAAGAAUUUCAAAAUCUUAAAGAUUUCCUCAUGUAUGUCUCCAAGAGACAGGGUAACUAUUUAAAGUUACAGAGGAUAAUAGGAAAAGCAUCGCAAAAACAAAUUAUAGUGCAAUUUAAAAAGGACGCUUCUAUAACCGAUAUGGAAAUGGUAACCGUUAGAGUCUCCGAUAUAUUAUAUUAUUGGUCUCAACAUAAAAAUUUAGAAAUUCUUAAAGAAAUGGAUAAACCCUAUCAAGAUACUAAUAUUUUAGGUAAAAUUGCAAAUAUAAUACGACAAGCUCAUCAACGUUCUUCAUGUUCAUCACGUCGACCACUACCAGAAUUUAUUUCUAUACCACAGUAUUAUCCCAGUGGUUUUCUAACAUUAACAAAACAAUGUUAAACACAUACACACACACGAUUUAUAAAAUACAUGCAAGCAAAUUAUAAUUAUAAUAUACAAUACAAUACUAGUAGUAAAUAGUACAGCUUAGGAAUCUUCAUUAUAUUUAUAAAAUUUAUAUAAAAAAACCAACAACAAAAAAAUCAAGUAAAAACAAAUAACGAAUCAAACACACUUUGUAGCACAAUUUCAAUAUGUGUGAUUAUUUAAAUAAAGUGUUGUAACAACAUUGGUAACAAUUUAAAAUAUUACAAAAAAAAACAUACAACAGCUCUGGCUGCAGUUAAUAAAUAUUAACAAAGAAUAAUAAACGAAAAACAAAGAAAUACAACAA